GGGGCCCGCCGGCGAUGAGGCACGAGGCGCCCAUGCAGGGCCAAACUGUACUGAAGAGAGAACUCAAUGUGUUUCGUUGGAAGUGAUACUUGUUUAAUAUAUCCAUUUAAUACUUGAGAAAAGAACUUUGUCAAAAUAAAGAUGUCAUCCGUUCAAGAUUCCAAAUAUGGCCAGAAAGAUACAUCUGACCAGAACUUUGAUUACAUGUUCAAACUGCUUAUUAUCGGCAACAGCAGUGUUGGGAAAACCUCAUUUUUGUUUCGAUAUGCUGAUGAUUCCUUUACGUCUGCAUUUGUAAGCACGGUUGGGAUCGAUUUCAAAGUAAAAACAGUUUUCAAAAAUGAAAAAAGAAUUAAGCUACAGAUUUGGGACACAGCAGGACAGGAGAGAUACAGAACAAUUACCACAGCUUACUACCGCGGUGCAAUGGGCUUCAUUUUGAUGUAUGACAUCACAAAUGAAGACUCUUUCAAUGCUGUGCAGGAUUGGUCAACUCAAAUCAAAACAUACUCUUGGGACAAUGCCCAGGUUAUUUUGGUUGGCAACAAAUGUGACAUGGAGGAUGAACGAGUAAUCUUCACUGAGAGGGGCAAACAUUUAGCAGAGCAACUUGGGUUUGAAUUUUUUGAAACAAGUGCCAAGGAAAACAUUAAUGUCAAGCAGACAUUUGAGCGACUUGUGGAUAUCAUCUGUGACAAAAUGUCAGAAAGUCUGGAGAUGAAUCCCACCAUUGCUGCCAGCAACCAGAAUACACGGCUAAAGGACACCCCUGCUCCACAGCAGCCCAACUGCAGCUGUUAAUGCAGCUAUCAGCAAAGGCUCCAGUGUGUUCCAUUGCCAACAGAGUUUUUCAGAGUGUUUAUUAAUAGUCUAUAUGCCUUUAUUUAUACUGUCUUAUUAAUUUAUUUGGGAGAACAGUCUUAUUUUAUGUCAGCAGCAGUUUGAAUAUGCAUAUGGAGAUGGAGCAAUUCUUAAUCUGAAAGGAUGAUCCAUAUUUUAGAAUCUAACUUUUGCAUGCAGCCUGGCUAUUAAUUUCUCUUUUCCUUUUAGUGUUUUACAUAACAAUUACUUCAGCUGGUGCCAUGUCCUCAGACCACAGUUGUCUAGAAUUGUCUCUCACUUCAUCACUUUCAAGUUAUCUAAUGAAAUCCAUAGGGUAGUGACCAGGGAGUUUUAGAAUAAGCCUCCCGAUGCCACUUAUAUAUUCUCCUGACUGAAAAUGAAUUUAGAAGUAUGCUUGUAGUGAGACAAUCCCUCAUUCUGUCCAGGUCAUUUGUAUAAGGGACACUUCCUGUAGCACAUUACCUUGGCAAAUCUACACUCAAUAUGUUACACAUCCUGGCUGACUGGAAACUGCAGAAGUUAUAAAGAAGUUAGUUCCUGGACCCAAAGCCACCAAAAUUCUCUGUGAAUUUCCAGUUGGACGGUAAUCAGUCCAGACCCUCAGAGAUAAUAGGUACUUUAUCCUGUCUGGAUAGCUAGUGUGUUUACUUUUCCAUAGGAGCUGCAUGUCUAUCUAAUAACUUUCUGAAACUAGGCUUAAUUUCUCAUUCCAUCAUUAUGGAGAUCCCAGUCUUACCUACCCCAAUAGUGGAGGGCUGGUUAACUCUUUCCAUUUCUGUGUGUGAGAUAUUAACCACAAAGUUCUAUAUUAUCCCUGACAGAGCCAAAUCCAUUGUGCUUGGUUGUUCAUAGCCAAGAAUUUCCUUAUCAUGUUGCUGUCAAACCUCCAUGCUUUGAUUUUCAGGAAUUUAAUCUCCCGUUCAGUCACUGAGACAGCCACCACUGGCUACAAACACCUGUAUUUUACUUAGACCUAUUGCAGAAGUGCUGAUGGUGUCAGUGAACUGAAGUUUGACCUCAUUUUUUCCAUCUAUUUUGGCAAGAGAAUUGGAAUUUUUAAAAGUGUAGGAGUAAUAAAAAAUUGUCAAGAACAUUUCUAGUCUUAGGCUGAAUACAUUAAUAAGAUGAGCAGAAGGCUGUGAAGAUAGCAGAAUAAAGUACACAAAUUAUUUUUAAUAAAGUGUUAAAAUAGUCAUAUUUCACAGUUUUUACUCCUUUAAGUAAUUGCUUACAUCUGUGUCCCGGAGUACUUUGUACAACUGCAUUACUUGCAUUACAAUGACAUUUUUUAACUAAACAGCAUAAUUGAAGAAGCAUUGACUAUUUUAUUAUUCCAGUUAGACAGAAUUUAGUACAAGGCUGACAUUUCUUAAACCGUCUGCAGUGGGAAAAUGAAAACAUAUAAAAAAACCCAGAAGUAACACAUGGUACUUGAAAUGGCUCACAACUGUAAAGAAAUCCCUCUACACACUUUACGUCAUUUGAAGGUAAUUU